AUGAAGGCCAUUUCCAACCCAAGCGAUGAUGUGAUCAGAAGGGAAAACAUUUGUGGAUGCUAUUUUUCUACCAGCUGUCAUCGCAACACCAAAUUUUAUACUGAUCCUGUUGAAGCUGUAAAAGAUAUACCCAAUGGAGCAACUGUACUUGUUGGUGGUUUUGGAUUGUGUGGGAUUCCUGAAAACCUCAUUGGGGGUUUACUGAAGACUGGAGUAAAAGGAUUAACCGCGGUCAGUAAUAAUGCAGGUGUUGACAAUUUUGGACUUGGUCUUCUGCUUCAGACUAAGCAGAUAAAACGCAUGGUGUCAUCAUAUGUUGGAGAGAAUGCGGAAUUUGAACGCCAGUAUUUAUCUGGUGAGCUUGAAGUUGAGCUUACACCUCAGGGUACACUGGCUGAACGUAUUAGAGCAGGAGGAGCAGGAAUUCCAGCAUUUUACACCAGUACUGGCUACGGGACGCUGGUGCAGGAAGGGGGUGCACCUAUCAAAUACAACACAGAUGGCACCAUUGCCAUUGCUAGCCAGCCAAGAGAGGUGCGAGAGUUUGAUGGCCGUCACUUUAUUCUGGAGAAGUCAAUUACAGGAGAUUUUGCUCUUGUGAAGGCAUGGAAGGCUGAUCGUGCAGGAAACAUCAUUUUCAGGAAAACUGCAAGAAACUUCAACCAACCUAUGUGCAAAGCUGCCAAGACAACUGUGGUUGAGGUGGAAGAAAUUGUUGAUAUAGGAGCGUUUGCCCCAGAAGAUAUUCAUGUUCCUAAAAUCUAUGUUGAUCGUCUGAUAAAAGGAGAGAAGUUCGAAAAGAGAAUCGAACGUUUAUCAGUCCGGAAGCCUGAAGACUCAAAAGGCAAACAAAAAAAAGGAGACAAUGUGAGGGAGAGAAUCAUCAGACGGGCUGCUUUAGAGUUUGAGGAUGGCAUGUAUGCUAAUCUGGGUAUUGGAAUCCCACUCUUGGCUAGUAACUUCAUCAGUCCAGACAUAACUGUUCACUUGCAGAGUGAAAAUGGAGUCUUGGGUUUGGGUCCUUAUCCACUUGAAAAUGAAGUUGAUCCAGACCUGAUCAAUGCAGGUAAGGAGACAGUCACUGUUCUUCCAGGUUCUUCCUAUUUCUCUAGUGAUGAAUCAUUUGCAAUGAUAAGAGGAGGCCAUGUUGAUUUGACAAUGCUUGGAGCUAUGCAGGUGUCUAAGUACGGUGACCUGGCCAACUGGAUGAUUCCU